AUGAGUGAAUCUGAAAUCCUGUCAGGUCGUUUCGCCGUAACACUUCGAAUCCAAGAUCCCUCAUUCUGCUUAGGAACGGUGGGUCAGUUUAUUUACGACAUACCGCAGCUUUUAGGCCAUUCGAAUGCCAUAAAUUCCGCAACUCUAUGCUUAAUAUCUUCUUACGAAAAUUUCCUACGCGGAUGUGAUCCGUGCAAUCGAAUACCACCCCGUUUAUACAGCCAUGCAUUGCGCAGUCUGCAGCAGGCGCUCAAUGACCCUAAUGAGUGGGAUUCUCUGGGCACUCUGUCCAGUGCAAUCUUAUUACAUCGUCUCGAGGCUUUGUUCGGGAAUUUCCGAAAGAAUGGCAUCAAAGUUCACGCUUCUGGCUUAGCUGCAUUGUUACAAAAGAGGGGCCCUCCCCAGAAGGACGAUUUGAUGGAAUUCCAAGCAAAUAUGGACAGUCACCUCUCUAUUACUCAGCACUAUGUGUCCCAAAGGGAAGAUAGCUUUCUGGUCAAUCCCGAAUGGGCUGAUGCACUCGAUAUGCGAGGUCACACGACAGACCUCAAAACUGUGUAUUUUAGAUUAAUGCGGUCGAUGACGGUGUGGCCCACGCUUGUGCGAGAAAGCUCACUUCUUGCAACGGGCGACACAGGAAUCAAUAUUCCGAGCCUAUCUCGAAAGGCACACGACGUGCUGAAUGAGUUGCAGCAUAUUGAAAAGUCACUUGAUCGGUUCAUAUAUGAACAUGGAUCAAUCAGCGAAAUUCCAUCUCGUCGGUUGGAUGAUCCACUGCCAACUAUGUUCGAGGUUAGGACAACAAUGGCAGCGAUGGCAAUGUGCCAUCUCGCCAUUUUCAGCAUCGUGGUUUGUCGAAUUUUGAUAUCUCUGCGUAUAAAAAUGAAGGCGGAGAGCCUGGAGCUGGAAGCACUUGUUUUAAAACAUUGUCACCGAGUCUGGAAGCUCAUCGAAUAUAGUCGGCUCCACGAACCACUUGGUUUGCCUGCCAUGCAAGCUGCAUUGAUAUUCACUUUUGCAUCAGCACAUAACGAAAGUACCAAAACGUAUAUUCUGGAGGCAUUGAAUGAUCUUGAUAGCUUCCGACGGGCAGAAGGCGAGACAUGGAGUCAAGAGGAGGUAUUAUACAUUGCUCGAUCAUUACAUGGUUCAUGA